GCCCGGCCAUGGCGGCCACGAGCACCACGGGCUCCACCCUGCUGCAGCCGCUCAGCAACGCCGUGCAGCUGCCCAUCGACCAGGUCAACUUCGUAGUGUGCCAACUCUUUGCCUUGCUGGCAGCCAUCUGGUUUCGAACUUACCUGCACGCAAGCAGAACCAGCUCCUCUGUAAGGCAUGGGAUCGCGACCCUUUUGGGCCUUUAUCUCGCACUGUUUUGCUUUGGAUGGUAUGCCUUACAUUUUCUCGUACAAAGUGGGGUCUCCUACUGCAUCAUGAUCAUCAUAGGAGUGGAGAGCAUGCACAAAUAUUGUUUUGUGUUUGCUUUGGGAUACCUCACAGUGUGCCAAAUUACUAGAGUCUAUAUCUUUGAUUAUGGACAAUAUUCGGCUGAUUUUUCAGGCCCCAUGAUGAUCAUCACCCAGAAGAUCACCAGCCUGGCCUACGAAAUCCACGAUGGGAUGUUCCGGAAGGAUGAAGAGCUGACGCCGUCACAGAGGGGUUUAGCUGUAAGGCGCAUGCCGAGCCUGCUGGAGUAUCUGAGUUACAACUGUAACUUCAUGGGGAUCCUGGCAGGCCCGCUCUGCUCUUACAAAGACUACAUCACCUUCAUUGAAGGCAGAUCCUACCAGAUGGCACAGUCUGGAGAAAACGGCAAAGAAGAAGUACAGUGUGAGAGGACAGAGCCGUCCCCGAACAUGGCGGUCGUGCAGAAGCUUGUGGUCUGUGGGCUCUCGCUGCUGUUCCACCUGACCGUCUCCAAAUCCUUGCCUGUGGAAUACAACACUGAUGAGCACUUCCAGGCGACGGCGUCGUGGCCGGCAAAGGUCACCUAUCUGUACAUCUCGCUUCUGGCUGCCAGACCCAAGUAUUAUUUUGCGUGGACGUUAGCGGAUGCUAUUAAUAAUGCUGCCGGCUUUGGUUUCAGAGGCUAUGACAGAAAUGGAGCCGCUCGCUGGGACUUGAUCUCCAAUUUGAGAAUUCAGCAAAUAGAGAUGUCAACAAGUUUCAAGAUGUUUCUGGAUAAUUGGAACAUUCAGACAGCUCUUUGGCUCAAAAGGGUGUGUUAUGAACGAGCCUCCUUCAGUCCGACUAUCCAGACGUUCUUUCUCUCUGCCAUUUGGCAUGGGGUCUACCCAGGAUAUUACCUAACGUUUCUAACAGGGGUCUUAAUGACAUUAGCAGCACGAGCUAUGAGGAGCACCUUUCGACAUCACUUCCUCGAACCCCCCCAGCUUAAGUUGUUUUACGACGCUGUGACCUGGACGGUGACUCAGGUAGCGGUCAGCUACACGGUGGUGCCGUUCGUGCUGCUUUCCGUAAAACCUUCCUUCUCGUUCUACAGCUCCUGGUAUUACUGCCUGCACGUUGCUUGUGUCUUAGUACUGUUGCUGCUGCCAGGGAAGAAAACUCAGAGAGGAGAGAAUAGACACGAGAACGUUCCGCGCUCUCCAUCCAAAAAGUCUGACGAAAGGGAAAAUUCUCUGGGCCAGAACAGUUUUUCCACCACCAACAAUAUUUGCAGCCAGACUCGAGGGACGACCUCCAGACACUCGUUGCUGAAGCAGUGACCAGGAGCCCUCCGCUGGCCGCGCGUUGGGGACAGACGCCUGGCGUAGCACCUGUCCGAGGAGAAAGGGACUGGGGGGUGGGACAGUCGUGGAGAGGGGAUUUCCGGGUGAGCAGAUGGGAGCGCAGUGAAGCUGCCCCUCCCACGCCGUGUCCCUGGUCCUUCCCUGUUUCGCUGGGGCACUGCCACGCACAGCGCCCCCCGUGGGCCCCACCGCUGAAUGGGCGUUGUGUACCCCAAGCGCUGAAGAGGUGGACGGCUAAUCGUGUCGGUCUGGGUGACUGGGAGAAAUUAACUUUUCCAAACGAACGUCUUGCCUUAAACCCUCUGUUUCCUGAAAUCUUGUUCCUACAUGGUAUUUUCAUGUGUAACAUUGUGAGAACACUAUUUCAACAUUUGGUGUUGUGCGCUGUAAAGGAAUUUGAAACAGGAUAUUUGAGAUCACUGAUACUUGAAAACAUGCAAUAAACAUCUCAGUCUUUGAGGAGGGCUUUUCUCAAGGUAGCCCCAGCGAGAGAGCCAACGGCCAGGGCGCAGACACGGGCCUGCUCUGCUGGGCCACAUCAGCCGUGCCGGUCAGAGCACCCUCCAGCAGGAAUUUUUGAAGUCACUUAGGGUGGUCAUGUGGUGUUUUAAGCUGCUUUUCCUGGAAACCUAGAAGAUGACAGGCAGGAGUGAGGAGUGCGGUGGUCCGGAGCUUCGGCACAGGCCGCCCGCCUGUUAGCUUCACAGCUUGGUAAUGCUUGGUAAUGGACUUCUGAAUGGAAUUUAUCGAGCAUAAAUCAUAUAGAAUUAGAGAUUAAGAGCGUGAUAGUGGUAGAUUGUUUCGGGGUUUUGAAAGAGAAAUCUCCAGGUACCUUUGUUGUCUGAUCAGUUUCUUACCUGACACUAAUUUGUAUUUGGGAAGGUUUUAUGGAAAUACAAACUUAGUCAUUGAAUCGAGGUUUUUUUUUCUUUUUUGAAAAUAUUAUAAAUUUGUUUCUGAACUCUUCUCACAUUAAAAUGUUGCUGUUAACUCUCGUUAAAAUUAGUUGUAGAUUCUGUAAGUAGAAAAAUGUGCUUUCGUCCUGUGGCCAUUGUCCCCGCAGUUGAGGCAGCCUUGCACUGGCAGGUGUCCCCUUCAGCCCCCGGGGUUGUGUGGCUGCAGCAGGUGCGAGCCUGGGGGCUAGUCGGUGGUCAGUCAUCCCCUAGGAACAGGAGGGGCGGGGCCUCUAACUUUCACUGGUAUCUGACCAAUCUUUUGUGCAAUUUAUUUUCUUUUUGCCUUAAAUUUUUUUAGUGAGAUGCAAAUUGUCCAUGAUGAGUUUAUUUGCUUUUUGUCACUAAUAAAUUUGCAAGUGAAGUUGAGGACAGAAAAAGCAGGCUGGCAUAGGCUGUGUGGUAUCUCAUUUAAAGGAAGCGAAUGCAUUCAGAACCGUCGAGAUCGUAAUCAGCAAACAUGCCAGCGUUCCGCUGCAGAACUUCAGAAAUCAAGAUGGCCUGAUUCUUCUGACGGCGGAGUUCCCUGUGUGAUGCGUGUGAUUAACCGUCCCCGCCUCCCGGGGAAGGAGGAACAGCCAAAUACAUGCUGUUGUCCGCUGAAGUUCAGAUGGCUGCGUAGAGAGCACGGACAAGGUUGUGCAGGUGGGGUGUGCACCCAGGACGUCUCCCCGCUGUAGCCAUGCUGCCGAGAACCCUGUCCCUGUUGGAAAGGACAGGGGCCGGCCCAGGCGCGUCCUCAGUGAACACCAGGACAGCUCGUAAGAAUCCGUGGCAUUUGGUGGCGGAGCCCGUCUGGCCACUGACGUAAUCACCGCUUCUUUCCGUUCCCUGAGUAUGUCUGUGUCAGCCGCCAGACCGAGCUCAGCAGAAGGCGGGGUUUGUUAUCCGUUUUCCGUUUACUUUGAAAAUAACUAGUGGCACAUCCAGCAUGGUUUUCAUCUUCCUGAAACACUGGUUUUAUUCUUGUGGGAAGGGUGUUGGCCAGCUCUCCGCCAGCUUCUGGAAACGAUGACCACAGAUGACAGUCUGGACGGGGGACUGAGGAAGGAGCUUGGCCUUUCUCCUCGGGAGGUUCCUGUGCUCCGAGCUGCGUGUUCUGCUCGGGUGGGCAGGGUCGCUUGCUCAGCUUGCGGUGGGAUGUGGAACUGGGCGCAGUUGCUUCUGAAGAAAGGAGCGCCGUGUUGGUGCUGGUGUUCCCCGUGAGGGGUCGUGGGGUCACUCAGAGGCGAUCGCUCGGCAGCUCUCGGGGGACCGAUCAGCGGAAGUGCCCUUGCCCCUCGGCAAGCGUAGCGUGAUGCCAGCUGGGCUGUCGCCGUCUAGAAGGGGCUCGUUCUGGUUUUAGGCGCAUUGCUCGUGGAACGCAGGGCGCCUGGGGAAAUCCACUCAGCUUCAGACAGCAGAGGACGGGCCCGCCUGUUCUGCCUGGCGCCACCUGCGAGGCGGCCUGCGGCGAAGGGCG